GUAACCUGGCAACCAAGACGCUAAACCUAAAUUGCUACUACAACCAGAGCUGGUGUUUUUAUCAGUCCCUAGCAAAACAACUUUUUGAUUGCUCUGUGUUUGGUUAUUUCACACUUAGGGAAGCACAAUGAUGCUGCCAGAGGUACUGGUUACUGGCAAAAGUGCUCCGCAGUCUAUUCCUGCAAGGGAACUCCCUCUGAAAAGCCACGAAGUGGCCAUCAACACCGGUCCCUAUUCGUCUUCUGGACUUGCUACUGCGGGCUUCCGUUCCGCCAAGUACCUACCCGAGGAGUGGCUGACCAAUAACUACAAUAAAUUCUAUCAGGCAUUUGCUGACAGGGACAACGCGGAAAGGAUAAGGCAUGAAUCCAAACAACUAUCCGCUGAGACUGAGGCACGAACUCAGAGAACACAGGCUGACGCUACUAAAAAGUUGGGCGAGAGGCUGCAAGACAUCCAUUUCUGGAAGUCAGAGCUGCAUAGAGAGAUUGAAGAUCUAACAGCUGAGACAAAUUUGCUAGUUGCUCAAAAGAUGCGGCUCGAAAGAGCCCUGGAUGCCACAGAGGUCCCUUAUUCCAUAACCACUGAUAACUUGCAGUGUAGAGAGAGGCGCAUAGGGUCCGAUCUGGUGAAAGACGCGGUAGAAGAAGAGCUGCUGAAGGAAGCUGAAUUAAUUCGAAGUGUUCAGGAACUUCUUAAGAGAACUCUGGAGCAAACAAUUUGUCAAAUACGAUCAAACAGAGAAUGUAAGCAGAACCUGGAGAUGGACUGGUCUGAUAAAUUUGAAGCAUACAACACUGAUGUUAAGUGUGGCAAAUACAACAAUCAGAGCACUGAUGUACAAUACCAUCUCAGCUCAGCUAAAUUUGAAGACAAUUCCUCUACACCUGAAUCCUGGGCUCAGUUCAGUCAUGAUAAUAUCUACAAAGCUGAGCGUGAAAGAACAGCAUCUAUUAAGUUGCGCUCAUUGAUUGACAACUUACUUCAAGAUACAUCUGAGGAUCUAAGAGUGCAGUGUGCAGCUGUCAAUACUGCUUUUGCCCAGCGCUGUGAAGAAAUGAAUGAUGCAAAAGCCAAACUAGAAGAGCAUCUCAAGAAGAUUCUACAAGAGAUUGGCUCUCAGGAGAGGAAUAUUUCUGCUCUGAAACAAGCCAUAAAGGACAAAGAGGCUCCCAUGAAAGUUGCUCAGACUCGGCUUUACCAGAGAACCUUCCGGCCAAAUGUUGAGCUCUGCAGAGACCCAGUACAAUUCACAUUAGUAAGUGAAGUUGGAGAGAUUUCAGACUCUGUCGAGUCCCUGCAGCGAUCACUAAGUGAGGCUGAGCAGUCAUUAAGGAAUAUGGAGGACACACGCAUGACUCUGGAAAAAGAGAUUGCCAUCAAAACUAACAGCCUCUUUAUUGAUCAGGAAAAGUGUUUAACCCAUCGUACAAGAUACCCAACUGUCAUUAAAUUGUCAGGAUAUUAGUGGACAUUGCUGGGUCCAGUGAUAACAUUUAAGAAAACCUAACAGGGAUAUGUUUGCAUGUGGUGUAUUCUUUACAUUGUUUCCUGCUGUAGAGCACUGACAUUGCUGCUGUUUGUAAUGAGCCGUUGCUUUGCCCAUUAGUAACUAUAGCAGUAUUUUUAAUGACUCUUGAGUGUGCUAAAAUCUUAUCACUGCAUUUGCACCCACUAUCAUGCUGUCUGUCGACACUUUGAAACAUUUUUUCCUGGAAAUCAGUUAUUAAACAAUUAGAGUUCCAAAAGAAAAUGCU